GGAACAACAGCUGGGCCUGCAGAGUGUCUCAAACGGACGCCGACUGUACAUCAUGUUGGGAGAUCAAUUGAAUCUCAAAGAGUGUACUCGGCGCUCAUGAAGCGAAUCAACCAGGCUGCAGCAAAAGACGGCGAGAAAGUAGUUUCCGCGGGCACUGUCAAAGAACGUCUCCCUGUCCCUGAACGGGCGUCGUCGGUUUGUUCUCAGUAUAGCAACUGCAGCAUCCGCCACACAGGAAGUGACCUAUCUAUGAAAACCGCACGAACUUCCUUUGGCACUGAGUUGCAACUUCAAGGUGUCCAAAGUCGAUCCCCUCUGCGUUUCGACUAUCCGGGUAACAAUUGCAGUCUCUCUCCUCAGCAGGUCGCGCAGUGUGGUCAGAGCCCAUCGGGCCGCCGAAAGAUAUCCUUACGAGAACCAGAAUCCACGUUCUUCCCAUCGACUUCAUAUGCCAAGCCAAAAACUCCGAGUCCGUACAGAUUGGCUAUGAGCUCAAUCCGCGAAAGUGAAGGCCAUUCUGAAGACGAGACAGGAAGUGUUAUCGUGUCCAAGACAGCCAACUCGGGAAGCACAUCGGAUUCCCCAAGUGUGUACUCGAGGACCCCGAGCGGCCAUAUACCCAGCCAGGAAAAUCUGCGACUCGAUCCCGACGCCUUUGAACCUGCGCAGCCGGGGAUGGCUACCAUCUUUACCAGUCAUGGAACAACGUAUACCUCUCCGAAGAAAGCCAGUUCUCUGACUGCAGAGACUCGGAUUAGACCUAGUACUGAAUGGAAAAGCUGGAUGAACUCACAAAUAAACAAGAUUGACGAGUUUGAAUCCUCCAAACUGUCCAAAGGGCCUUUGUCAAGGGAUCACUACAGGGAGGAAACACAAAUUGAUGGCGAAGCUCAGCAGGCAGGUGCAGCAGACAAUCCUCCACGUUCAGCCAGCGGAAACGAAAAACGAGCUUCACCUCCUCGGGCUAAAGAGAGCAAUACUUCCCGGAAUGUCUCCGACAGGAGUCCGUUGAUGGAGUUGAAGAUCCCUGCGCAAAGUAACUACUCUCGGCCGCUCAGUCGACAAACCAAUGCACCUGUCAUGGCACCAGCACGGGUCUCUCCUAGUAACAGCUUAUUGCUCUGUCCGUACCAAGAGAGCGGCGGCAUCCAUCACCCUUCGUCCAAGUUUACUAGCAAUCCAGAUCGGUUCUCUUUUGCAAAGUCCAACGAGUCUAUUGAAACCCCAGAGUCUCCUACUCCCAGAAGGAGUCUCAGAGCAACCAGGGAGGCGAGGUUGCAACGCAGCUCUGUGACUCGAAGCACAAUCAGACCGAUUGUGGACAGGAACGACGCAAAAGCGGUGCAGUUUCGCUCAAUUCGAGGGGUACAUGACUACGGCAGGUUUACCAACGAGAACACGAGAAAUCCGGGGGGCACUCACGAUCCAGAGAGCGAAAUGCACAAGCAGCUCCAGGGGAUUCACUCGACUAUUGACAGCAAACGGAUGGUGGAACUCUUUUUGAGCAGCCGACGGGGGCAGAGGGGAGAAUCGGAAGACAGCGGGGCUGUCUUUCUAUAG